UUUCGAUCGGAUGUCGUCUAUGCUGACCGGAUGGCGUUUGGGGAGAGGAAGUUUUGUUUUGCGAGUUCUCUGUGCGCUUUGAUUGACUAAGAUUUUAUUUAAUGCACGUCAAGAGCACGGCAUUAUGUUGGCGUGAACGACAUUAAAGGCAGACGACCCGAGUUUGAACGACGAAAAUUAGCGGCUGAACCAUUUGAACAAGCGGAACUCAACAUUUGAGAGCAGCAACCCGACAGAUAGUAGCUUCUGCUAAGCUAACGUUACCUAGCUAGUUAGCGUGGUUAUCGUUAGCCUCCGGUUUACGUUGAAUUGAAGGCGCUCUCAGAGCUAACGAAGCCAUGGGGAACCGGGGAAUGGAAGAUUUAAUUCCCCUCAUCAACAAGCUUCAAGACGCCUUUAGUUCGAUUGGUCAGAGUUGUAAUUUAGAUCUUCCUCAGAUUGCUGUUGUUGGUGGACAGAGCGCUGGAAAAAGCUCCGUCUUGGAGAAUUUUGUUGGCAGGGACUUUCUUCCCCGUGGGUCAGGCAUUGUUACCCGCAGACCUCUCAUUUUGCAGCUGGUCAACUGUAAAACAGAACAUGCCGAGUUCCUGCACUGCAAAGGGAAGAAGUUUGUGAACUUCGAUGAAGUGCGAGCGGAAAUUGAAGCAGAGACCGACAGAGUAACGGGAUCCAAUAAGGGCAUCUCUCCCAUCCCAAUUAAUCUGAGAGUCUAUUCUCCUCACGUGUUGAACCUGACCCUGAUCGACCUUCCGGGUAUGACUAAGGUUGCGGUGGGAGAUCAGCCGGUGGACAUAGAGCAUCAGAUCAGGGAAAUGCUGAUGCAGUUCAUCACCAAGGAGAGCUGUCUAAUCCUGGCAGUGACCCCUGCUAACACCGAUCUGGCUAACUCGGAUGCUUUGAAGAUCGCAAAGGAGGUGGACCCUCAAGGUUUACGCACGAUUGGUGUAAUAACAAAACUGGACCUAAUGGACGAAGGCACAGAUGCACGAGACAUCCUGGAAAAUAAAUUACUGCCGCUGCGGAGAGGUUACAUUGGCGUUGUGAACCGAAGUCAGAAAGACAUCGAUGGGAAAAAAGACAUUGGUGCUGCUAUGGCUGCAGAGAGAAAGUUCUUCCUGUCCCAUCCGGCGUACAGACACUUGGCCGAGCGCAUGGGCACGCCACAUCUACAAAAGACUCUGAACCAGCAACUGACCAAUCACAUCAGGGAUACGCUGCCUGGUUUGCGCAGCAAACUGCAAAGUCAGCUCCUUUCAUUGGAAAAGGAAGUUGAGGAGUACAAGAACUUUCGUCCAGAUGACCCGACACGCAAAACAAAGGCUUUGCUGCAGAUGGUGCAGCAGUUUGGUGUGGAUUUUGAAAAAUGCAUUGAAGGCUCCGGAGACCAAGUGGACACCAACGAACUGUCAGGCGGUGCCAAGAUAAACCGCAUCUUCCACGAACGGUUCCCCUUCGAGUUGGUCAAGAUUGUGUUUGACGAGAAGGAACUACGCAGGGAAAUCAGUCACGCUAUCAAAAACGUUCAUGGUGUCAGAACGGGGCUCUUUACCCCUGACCUGGCCUUCGAGGCGAUUGUCAAAAAGCAGAUCCUCAAACUCAAAGAGCCCAGCCUCAAAUGUGUGGACCUUGUGGUUUCUGAACUCACCGCACUCGUCAUGAAGUGUGCUGUUAAGCUCGGUUCUUAUCCCAGACUGAGAGAAGAAACUGAGAGGAUUGUCUCCACCCAUGUCAGGGAAAGAGAAGGGAAAACCAAGGAUCAGGUUCUGCUGCUGAUUGACAUUGAACUGUCCUACAUUAACACCAACCAUGAGGACUUCAUAGGCUUUGCUAAUCUUGACUACAGAAGGCUGGAUGAUGGUAGCCCUCCAGGGCACUGCAGCAACAGUGCUCAGCAGAGGAACACUGCUGUAAACAAGAAGAGGGCCAUCCCCAACCAGCUUGGCGAUCUUGGAGAGGUCCGAGAGGAAAAGGUGAUUAGGAAAGGCUGGCUAACCAUCAACAUCAGCAUCAUGAAAGGAGGCUCCAAGGAAUACUGGUUUAUCCUGACGGCGGAGUCCCUGUCCUGGUACAAAGAUGAGGAGGAAAAGGAAAAGAAGUACAUGCUUCCCCUGGAUAACCUGAAGAUCAGAGAUGUAGAGAAAGGCUUCAUGUCCUCCAAGCACAGCUUUGCAAUCUUCAACACAGAGCAGAGAAAUGUGUACAAAGAUCUUCGCCAAAUCGAGCUGGCCUGUGAUUCUCAAGAGGAUGUCGACAGUUGGAAAGCCUCGUUCCUCAGGGCAGGAGUUUAUCCUGAGAAAGACCAGACGGAGCAAGAAGAUGCGGCUCCCACGGACACAUUCUCUAUGGACCCUCAGCUGGAGCGGCAGGUGGAGACCAUUCGCAAUCUGGUGGAUUCCUACAUCGGGAUCAUCAACAAAUCCAUCAGAGACCUUGUUCCCAAGACCAUCAUGCACCUCAUGAUCAACAGUGCGAAGGACUUCAUCCACGCAGAGCUGCUGGCCUAUCUUUACUCAUCUGGAGACCAGAACAGCCUCAUGGAGGAGUCUGCUGACCAGGCCCAGCGCAGAGAUGAGAUGCUGCGCAUGUACCAUGCGCUCAAGGAGGCACUGCAGAUCAUCGGAGACAUCAGCGUGACCACCAUCUCCACCCCCGUACCUCCUCCUGUGAAUGACUCCUGGAUCCCAGAGACCAGCCCAAAUCCUCAGCGCCGGCCACCCGUUGCUGCAGCUCCGCCCCCCAGCCGUCCACCUGCCGUUCGGGGCCCUACACCGGGGCCACCAAUGAACCCGUCCCCUCCUUUCGGAACCCCACUUAAUCCCUCUCCAGCCUUCAAUGCGCCCCCCAUCCCGUCCCGCCCAGGACCACCAGUCAGUGCCUUCAAUAACAGUUUGGAUCCCUUUGGGGCUCCACCACCACAGAUUCCCUCCCGGCCCGCCCGCGUUCCACCUGGUGUUCCCAGCCGAAGACCCCCUGGUGCUCCGUCUCACCGGCCCACCAUUAUCCGCCCUGCUGAGCCUUCUCUGCUAGAUUAGAGCUGUGGCCGAGCCCACCUAGGCAUGUGUGUUUGCGUGUGGACGUAUGAUUCUCCACACAGAUGUAGCGGGUGAUGAUGUGGCGGGUUGUUGAGGGGAGAGGCAGACUUGGAGCGAUGCAUAACGCUCAUCUUCCAGCCGCGUCUACAUGAUUAAUUCAUGCAAUGUUAAUGAGCUGCUAAUGUCUGUCUGAGUGCACAGGAUGGAAAAGAAGCCCUUUAACCACUUGAAAAUGUUCUCACUGCUGUGGAACACAAAGUAAAACCCGAUGAUCUGAUUGACGCAUUCUCGUAGAAGAUGCAAUCAGUUUGGUCAAAAUUUGAGUGUUUUUUUUUUUUUUUUUUACUUUUUGAUUAGUUUCCUCCACCGUUAUCUUCCCAUUUCUUCUAGAAGUUCCCGGCAUUAUAUAUCUUACAUGAAAUAACUUAUUAAACUUUACUGGCUGGCUCUCCUCUCCCCUCCCAUCAUUUUGAGAUUGUCCCGGACAACCUUUGUGUAAAACACCUAUAACCGAUUGGUAAUGUUUUACUGGAAUUUCGUAUCUAAAAUGAUUUCAUACUGAAAAAGAAGACCCCAAUAGCCUAUUAUCACUGUUAUUUUUGGUGGUGUCAAUGAUAUAUAUAUAUAUAUAUUUUUUUUUCUUGUGUUAUUUUAUUUGAGUGACUGUUGUUUUUAAUGAUCGUUCUAAAUGUAGCUUUAAAUCAAAUCUUAAUCGCAGCAGAGACGAAGCAUAAAAAGACACAGGGUAAGGGUUUUCAGGAGACGGAGAAUAUCUCCAGCUUCCCUCUCUGUGGUUUGUACUUCCGGGGGGAAAAAAAUAAAUAAAAAGAUGUCAACUCGAGUGACCACAAAGCACUUCUAACCGUCUAGCCUUACAGGAAGCUCCUCAUAACGGCGAAAAUGUAGUCUGUAAAGCAGGACACUAUGCACAAAUGUCAGAGAGGGAAAGGACAAACGGUCUGUGGAAAGCUUUCUCCACUAAUCCUAAGACGUUCUUUAAUAUCAGCUCAACCCCUUUUGGGUGGAAUUAGUUAGUUUUUGGCAGAGCUGAUUCAAAGUGAUCAGAGCACAGCUGUAAAGUGUCAUUUUGCUGAUAUGUAGAUACAAAUUUCCUCCUUAUCUCUCUAGAUUCUUCAGUUUUUAUAGCUUCUGCUGAAAUUGUGCUUCCAUAAUUGUACAUAGCUGCUCUGAAGAGUUUGUCACAAAAAGCCCGCUUUUGCUAUUCAAAGCCCAAUACCUUAAAAUCCUAUCAUAGUCUAUUAACUAAACAAAUAAUGAACAAUAUCUUCACAUGGAUUAAUUCUAGCAGAAAAAUGACACAUCAUUUAUAACCUGGGCAUUUGUGUUUCUUUGUUCAACCAGCUCUUUAGCUUUUCCAUGGUUCUGCUACAGGGAUUUCCUGUCAGAAUGUGUACUUAGGAUUUGAAAAACAUAUUUAGCUGAUAAAUAUUGGUUUCUUUAUACAGUAACUUUUUUUUUGUUUGGAUCAUUUCACUUUUUUAAGGAGAAAGGGCUCACAGUGGCAGUGGGGUUGGGAUACUUUGAUGUUAUGCUGUUUGGUUUGAUCCGUAGCUGACAUCCAUGCACAUUCUUUCCGGAGGAAUUCUCUAAUGAGGUCUAAAGGGUCACAUUACCUGGCGAUAAAAUAGGGGGGGGGGGCAUUGGGUCAAACCAUUCAGACGUCCCGUCGCCUCUCGACAGAAUGUGCUUUCCGUUUUUACCUUUUUCUCCAGGUCUUGCCUUCUGUGACAGUGCCAGAAAGAGUAGUUGAAUCUUUGGGGAAAAAAGUUCAGAAAAAAUUCAAAUUUGAUGCUCUUCAAUCCAGAAAACCUUAAGGGUACCAUAAAUUUAUAAGCCCAGGGUAUUAUUUUUAUUUUUAUACUCUUCAGUGCCUGUCACUUUAGCUUGCCUCCACUGUAGAUGUAUCUGCUAACGUAAGGCUGCGGGGUCUCCUUGUGCGCCUCCUGUUUCCCUCCCCUCUCUGAAUAUGGAAGACGGGGAUGGAAACCAACUUGCAAAAGUCUCUUUGUUUUGCAAACCCUUGUCAAGUGCCUCUGCACCAAUUAUUGAUUUGAAUAAAUAUAUGGAACUGAUUUAGAAAAAUAAAGAGGUGUUGUCUACAAUAAAGGGAGCGGCUGUGGUGGUUGGUGUC